AUGCGCGAGGUCUGGGAGGCGGGCCCGGUGGGCGGGGCCAGAGGACCAGAAAAGCUGGCGCUGGAGUCAGGAGCGGGAGUGGCUGCCCCCGCGCGGGCCGCGAGGCGGCGGGUGUCGGACCGCGCACGACCCCAGGGAUGGGCCAGCGGCUGUGAGGUGAGGGUCCGGCCCUGGCCGCGCUGGCUGAGCCCGGCCGGGAACGCGGGUCCCCGAGGGCGGGCGGCGGCGGGGCGGAUGGGUGGGGCCGCGGUGUCUACGGGGACCCGCCCUCCCUGGUCGGGAAUCCGAGCCCCGAGGCGGCGCGUGACGGGCGGCGGAGCCGGGGCCCGCGGGAGGCUGCGGUGCCCUGGGUGA